GUGUAGUUAGUAUAACUUGUAUAUCUCUGCCUGUAGACAAUUAUAGUUUGCUAGCCCCCACAACUCUUGGCUAAAAGUGUAUGCCUUAACUGCUCUUUCCCACCACUAGACUGUAAGCUUCCUGAAGACAGAGAACUUGUUUAUUUUCUUCACAGUUGCCAAGCAUGCCUGCUUAAAAGUAAAUGAUUUGUUAAAUGCAUGAAAGAACUUUAAAGAGAUCCAGAAAUUCAAGUUGAGAUCAAGUUGAAAGACAGACCUUGUUCUUUCCCCAUGAGGAGCAGCCCUUAUCAACAGCAACAUUGACAGAACCUGUGUUUAGGAAGAGGCCUGAUGGCUUUGAGUCUAGGUUGGAAAGCUCGCGGGAACUGCUGUGGUCUCCUUCUGCAGGCUAUGAGACGUCCUCCUUUGUCUCCCUGGGCCCGCUGCUCCUGGGGAGGAGCUGGAAGCUUUUUGGACCCUGAGAUGAGAGCUUUCCUGGAGGAGAACACUGAAGUCACCAGCAGUGGCAGCCUCACCCCCGAAAUCCAGUUGCGGCUUUUGACCCCCAAGUGCAAGUUCUGGUGGGAAAGAGCUGACCUGUGGCCCCACAGUGAUCCUUACUGGGCAAUCUACUGGCCAGGAGGCCAAGCCCUGUCUAGGUAUCUUCUGGAUCAUCCUGAUGUUGUCAGAGAGAAAUCUGUGUUAGAUCUGGGGAGUGGAUGUGGAGCUACAGCUAUUGCUGCUAAGAUGAGUGGAGCAUCAAGGAUCUUGGCCAAUGACAUAGACCCUAUUGCAGGAAUGGCUAUUACACUAAAUUGUGAAUUGAACCGACUGAAUCCUUUGCCCAUUUUAACCAAAAAUAUUUUGGAUUUGGAACAAGAAAAGUGGGACCUUGUUGUUCUUGGAGAUAUGUUUUAUGAUGAGAGUCUUGCAGAUAGUCUUCAUCAGUGGCUGAAGAAUUGCUUCUGGACCUACAGAACUCGGGUACUGAUUGGUGACCCUGGGAGGCCCCAGUUCAGUGGACACAGCAUUCAGCAUCAACUGCACAAAGUGGUAGAAUAUUCACUUCCAGAGCCUACCAGGCAGGAAAACAAUGGACUGAUGACAAGCACAGUGUGGGAUUUUCAGCCUUGAGUUGUCAAAGUGCUUCCAAAUAUGAAUAUAGUUAUGUUUGGAUUUAACCCUAGAAGUUUUCUUCAUAGGAGAUAUUCUCCACUUUAAAGAAUCCAAUUCCUGUUAAAUGGCAAAUGUUGUUUCCAAAUGUGAAGGUUUAAAUUUGUGUCAGCCUUUGUCACGUAACUAGUUCUGCAUUUCUAUGCCUGCUAAUUAUACAAUUCUCUAUCUGCAAUUUUUCCCCUAGUUUUACUGCUAUGGGAAUAUUAUGAUAGAAGGCAAUUUUCAGUGGUGGUAACAUGUAAUUUAAGUAGUGGAGAUGAAUUAGAUAUUCUAGCUGAAUCUGUUUCUAUAGUUGAGGACAACUGUGAUGUACCUUUGAAUUAAACAAACAAAA